AUGUCUGAUAGCGAUUUAUUGAUAUCGCAUAGCAGCCAUGGCUCUCUUCCCGAGUCCGCAUAUGUCGUCCUCCCAUUACCAUGUCUACCAGCGACACGGUGCCAAUGGACUCGAACCAUACGUUUCGUCAAUCGUCUCAUCCUGGUGCGUUCUGCCGUUUCGCGGCAUUACCUUCAUUUUUUUACAGUUCGUUCCGAUGGAUUUUCUGGGCGUGACCUGUUUCUAGUUCACGAUGUGUUGCCUGAAAAGGAGGCAAACGACCGUCGAUUUCAAGGCGGAACGAAAUCGAAGCUGAUGAUUUUGAGUGAGAAGUUGCAGGGAUUCGAGCGUCAGAUGGAAUUCCAUGCUAAGCAGCGUAGAAUGCACGAGGAGCAGCGUUUUUUGAAUAUCAGCGAAUCGCUGAACAAGCUGGAUGAAGCCAUUUCUCAGGAGUCCAAACGCCGCAUGGAGACGAUAAAAGCUCUGCACGGUAUAUUCGAGAGCCAAAUAGGCGCCGUGCAAACCAAGGUGGAGACUUUUUUCAAUGAUAAGUUGGAUCAGCUCGACGGCGUGGUGAGCUCGCUUUCUGAGCGCAUCGACGCCAUCAGCGCUCGGUGCGAGGACAACGAAAAGCUUCUGCAAGAUAACCUGGAAAACAACUGCGUCGCUUUAGAGAAGAACCUCGCUACGGUACAGAAACUGUUCGAGUGCGAGCGACUGUCGCGCCAGGAGCGCGAGGAGCACAUUCUGAAGCGCAUUUCGGAUGUUGAGCUUCAGAGUGAGAGCGCGUUCGGGAAGGAGAUGCAGAACACUGAGGGUCAGUACCAGCAGCUAAAGGCCGAGUUUGAGAAGAUCAAGCAGCAGAACGAGGAGCGCGAGAAGGUGAUAAAGUCUUCCGUGUUGGACGAGAUCGCGGCUCUGAGCAACGGCUUGGCCGUGGAAUCGUGCGCACGCGAGAGUGCGGACAGCGACCUGACCCAGGCCCUACAUAGCUUCAUGAAAGUCAUCGCAGACGUUUCCAAGCUGCCCAUCAGCAGCUAG